AUGCAACCAUCCCAAGCUGAUCGAAUAUGUUCGGGUACGAAAGGUGUUCAUGUAUUGACAUUGAGUGAAUUAUUAUCUUUAAAAUUAAAUGGUGUUCAUCUACCACAAUUAGAAUCGAUGAAAAAAUUACAUAAUGAGAAUGAUUCAUUAAGAAAAUUAAUUAGUAAUUUAAACAUGAAUACUAGUGGCUCAAGUGAAAAUAAUGAUUGGCGUUCAACAUUAAUUCGUUGUUUAGCUGAUAUUUUCUCUAAUGAACAACAACGUCGAUUAAACGAUCUAUCUAUGAAUGAUAGUGUUAAUCAAAAAACAACACAAUUAGAACAAGAAAUUCAUCAUAUGUGUGAUUAUCAGAGAGAUGCUCUUGAUAAACUAUUUAAUCAAGAACGUCUAUCAUUAAUGAAAGAGUUAAAUGAUACUAAACAACAAUUAGUAUAUAUGCGAGAACAAUUUAAACAAAUUCAACAAAAUUUAAAACAAGAUUUACAACAUAAUGAUCAAAAUAAACGUUUAAUUUUAUCAUCAACACCAUAUGAUGAUGAUAUUAAUUCAUUUAUUUAUGAUAAAAAAAUACCGUAUGAAUAUCAACAACGUAUACUUAAACUGUAUUUAAAAUAUUUAAAAACAGAAAGUUAUCGUAAAGCACUUAUCUAUCAAAAACGUUAUCUAUUAAUUUUAUUAUCCGGUUAUGAAGAUACAGAAAAAUAUGCACUUAAUGAAAUUAAACGAUUAGGACAAAAUGUAAUUAUUCCAACAAUAUCAACAUUAAGAUAUGGACGACAACAAUAUCAAUCGAGAAAAUAUUAUUCAUGGAGAACAAAUAAUCUUCUAUUUUUAUUUCGUUCACGUGUAAGAGUUGUCAUUGCUAUAAUAAGAAUGAAAUAUCUUAUUAACAAAUGGCGACAAAAACUAGCAUUACGUUAA